AUGCAAGAAGUAUAUCGCUUAGCAUAAGUAGAAACUUCAGUAUUAUUCUUAGUAGUUGGAUCUAUAAUAAAAGUAGUAAAACAAGCAUUAGCACAAUUUAAAUAGGAAUUGAAGCUACCAUUAUUAGAUGUGCAAAAGAUACAAUUCGAGUAAGCAACUGCAGCAUAAAUUUAAGUAGUAUAUAUACAAUUGGGAGUCUUCAUAGCUGAAAUACAAUUUAAUGAAGUUUAAAGAGCAGAAAAGUUAAUCCAAGAGGGAGUUUCAACGCAUUGGAUAGCUUUCAAAGCAAUAAUUGCUAAUAAGCGAGGGCUUUCAUAUUACUUUUUUAUUUAAUUUAUAAUUUUUAGAAAUCUUCAAUAGAUUUAAAAUAAGUAGGUUUUAAAUUUUGAAUUAGUGAUAGAUUAGCAGCAAAAGAGAUUUGAAAUCAAUAAUUACUUUAAUAAAAUGGGUAUAUUUAAAAGUCUCUCAACUUAAUUCAAGGUAUUUUGA